AUGAAGAAGCAAAUAAUUUUCCUAUUCACGUUCUCCUUGCUCUUUGCAUUGACGUUUGCUAAAAAGAGCGCCAAACAGAAGAAGAACUCAAGCAAAAAGAGUGUCAAAAGACCCGAAGGGUCUCUUGAAUUCAGUGCUGCUGCUGGUGUGAUUAUACCAGACGCUAGUUCUGAUAACCCGAUUAUUCUGUCCAAUGUUGAAGAUCAACCGCUGUGUAAACCAGACGUACCGACCUCUCCUGUCAAAGAACUCAAGGUGAUGUCUGGCUAUGAUUUUUUUGUGCUGACAAACAAGAUUGAAUAUCCUCGAAAACUGCUCAUGGACCGAACUAAUCAUCUCUUGGUUGUAUCGCCUGAACGCGGUUUGUACUCUAUUCGUAUGGACAAGUGUGGUAAUUCAGACAUUCUGCAGAUCCUGGACGGUACAUUGUUUGACGAAAAGCUCGGAACGGGUGUUGCCAUCUAUGGUCAGUAUAUUUUUGUGGCAACCGAGACAUCGAUCUACCGAUUUCCCUAUAAUGAUGGUCAACAUUCUCCCUUGGCUGAUGGUGUCAAGGUGAUGUCAAAUUUGAAUCCGCUUAAAUCAACCGAGGCGCCUGAUAUUGUAAUUGAUGUGCAUGGAUCCGCAUUCAUUCCUCGCUCGAUGACUGAUGUUGAUGAAAAGGUCGGAUCGACGCAUGCAGUGAUCAAAAAGUUUAAUUUCCGUGAUAUACCAGAAAAAGGCUAUGACUUUGAUCUCGAUGGUGAGUUCUUUGCGUUCGGUACAAACACCCAAGGUUUACUCGGAUUUGAUGUUCAAUCCCAACUUUGGGGCCUCAAUGGACUUCCCAAAGAUAUAAAGAGAACCGACAUCCAUCCUGACCAAGAUCUUUCCGUCUCUGGCCUUGCAGAGGAAUUAAACAAGUACGCAGGUCCUGGAAAUAACUAUGGUUUCCCUUACUGCUACACAGAACACAGUCUAGAAAAAAUAUCCGAACUCUCUAGAGGCCGUGGCGGACAAUGGGGUAAUCCUGUCUUCUUGAACGAGUCAUUUGCUCUUGAUGCUUAUUGCCUUGAUGAAACAAGCAACCGUGUUCCCGAAGUUCCCUUGCCUCCAAAAUCAUAUGCUUCCAAUGUUCAUUUUUACAGUGGCACUUUCUGCUCUGUCGGCGAUCUGGCGACCUUGGGUACCUCGGUUGGUCUUCCCUGUAAUUGGACAAAUACUCCCAUCAUUGCCAAUCACGGAUUCGAUAAUCAACCAGAAGGACACAGUGUGGUCCAUAUUCCAUUUAAUGAUCUCGGACAUAAACCUCGUCUUGAUUUGGAUGUAGAGGUUAUUUUGGAAGCAUUAGAGCCUUGUGGUGAAGGUAAAUGCUUUACUCCUUAUGGAUUAGCCGUGGAUCAAUAUGGUCGCUUGUAUAUCAGUAGUGACGAGACAAACGAAAUUGUCGUUGUUACUCGUUAUUUCAGCGAAACAGCUGCUCGAGAAUAUACAGAUAAAGUAGAUGCUAUGGAAGAUGCUAUGGAAGAUUCCAAAGAACAGGGUGAUGAUGAUGAUGAAAAGAGUGGCAGAGAUGAUGACAAGAACGAUAAAGAUGAUGAUAGGAGUAGCAAAGAUGAUGACAGGAGUAGCAAAGACGAUGACAGGAGUAGCAAAGACGAUGACAGGAGUAGCAAAGACGAUGACAGGAGUAGCAAAGACGAUGACAGGAGUAACAAAGACGAUAACAAGCGUCGUAAAAGUGAUGGGAAGAACCGCGGUUAUGAAUGA